CUUUCAUAAACCUUGCGAGCCUUUCUUGCUGGUGGCAAAUUUGGAUUUGUGUUACAGUGACCAGAGCUCCUGCCCAAUUUACAAUAGCUUUCUUUGUAUCCCAACUUUUCUUUAAAAAAUUGACAAGAUGCGUGAAAUUGUUACUCUACAACUCGGACAGCUAGCCAAUUUCGUUGGAACUCAUUUCUGGAACACUCAGGAGGAGUAUUUCACGUAUGGAAGCGAUCACACAAGCAGCGCUUCUACGAAUGAGUUGGACCACGACAUUUUAUACCGUACUGGGGUUUCACCUACAGGAGUCGAGACAUACACGCCACGUGUUUUAGCUUAUGAUUUGAAAGGUGGAUUUGGAUCACUUCAGAAAUACAAUCAAUUGUUUGCAGCCGAAGCUGGAGAUACUGCAAAUUGGGAUCAAGGUAUAAACAAGAUCGUGUCAGAGCAAUACCCUAAAAACGCUUAUCAACAGCAGCUCGAACGUAUGGAUAUGGAUCCAAACAUGGAAGCAGUAGCAUUGGAUGAUAAAUCCGUCAAAACCUGGUCCGAUUUCAACAGAAUCUACUAUCAUCCACGGUCCAUGAAUCAAGUCACAACGCAUAACAUGGAUGACAGCAUUAACCCGUAUAAUACCUAUUCAGUCGGACGACAAUCUUACAGUGACUAUGAACGGGAAACUGAAUCAUUUGAAGACAAUUUUCGCCGUUUUGCUGAAGAAUGCGACAAUCUCCAGGGGUUUCAAGUGUUUGCUAGUGUAGAUGAUGCGUUUAGUGGGUUCGCUGAAGGGUUGUUACAAGAUGUCCGGGAUGAAUUCGCAAAGACACCUAUCCUAUGCUAUGGUCUACAAUCGUCAUCUAUGCCAGCGCCAGAGCGUUCCAGACAACGGGUUACACUAAAUCGCGCACUAACCAUGACAAGGAUAGUCGAUUUAUGUUCAAGCUAUAUUCCACUAUAUACGCCCUCAUCAAGGCACAUCUUCAAUUCUGGCUUAUCACCUUAUAUUCAACCAAAUUGCAAUUUAUUGUACCAUACAAGCGCUAUUCUUUCAACAGCUAUAGAAACCGUAUCUUUAUCCUACAGAACGAAGAGCAAUUUCUUGAGCAUUGGAAGCUUGUGUGAUAAGAUGAAUGGUCAAGGCACAACUCGAUUAUCGGGAUUAUCAUUGACAUUACCGCUGCCAUUUUUGAAAGAAGGCUUCAAUGCAACGGCUGAGCAGUUCAAAGAUAAGAUAGCUCCAGCAAUCGAACUAUCAAAACUAGCAUCGGUCCGACAACAGUCUGAUCACGACGUAUUUGCUGAAGACGUUGUCGUACGUGGUUUGCCCAGGGCAUCUGUCCGUGCCAGCGAUCAAGGAUUGUACGAUUAUACUCGAUUGCUGUACCACAAGUUUCCGCAAGCUGAUCCGUAAGCUCGCUUUUGAUUUGAAGAUAUAUUCGUAAACUAAGUAAUAUUUUGUUUUUAGUCGCUUUAUCGACAACGUUUCCUAUCCUCUCCCAAGUUCAUAUCCGCAAUUCUUCACGUCUUUCUGCGACGAUAAGGGCUUUUUAAAAUCACAGCAGAGAUCUGAGACAUUGAGCUCGGUUCCUGUUUUGUCAAGGAUGUAUACUGGAACGGAACUCUGCCCUGAGAUCAGCGCUCUUGCUCAACAAGUCGAAUCGGUGCCCUUUAGACAGAUGUCGGAUUAUUCAGAAGGAACUUUUGGGCUAACUCAGAGUGACUAUCUCGAGUUGAAGGAAGGACUGAUGCGGCUUUCUGAUGUAUACUCAAGUGAUAACGAAGUAAUGUUGGGUUAAAUAACAGUGGAAAUUUAUAUUUGAAUAACAACA